CCUCCCCGCCCACCCGCCUGCUGCUGCUGCAAGAUUACUUUACAGUGGUCGGGAGGUUGCAGUGUCCCUUCCGCGUCCCAACCCACUCCUUUCUGUCUCCGCCCCUUCGUGCCUAGGCGGCCUCGCCGCUUUAAGAGCGAGGCUAGCGAUUGACAAGCAAUAACCGUGGAGAGCCCGACUGCGCGGAGUCGCCAGGAGCUAGGGGCUCCCCAAGACGCAGGAGACUGAUUCCGAGUCCUCACUGACCUCACCAUGCCAGUUGCGGCCACGAACUCCGAAUCUGCCAUGCAGCAGGUCUUGGACAACCUGGGAUCCCUUCCCAGUGCCACCGGGGCUGCAGAACUGGACCUGAUCUUCCUUCGAGGCAUUAUGGAAAGUCCCAUAGUCAGAUCCCUGGCCAAGGCCCACGAGCGUCUGGAGGAGACGAAGUUGGAGGCCGUUCGGGAUAACAACCUGGAGCUGGUGCAGGAAAUCCUUCGGGACCUGGCGCAGCUGUCGGAGCAGAGCAGCACCGCUGCGGAGCUGGCACGCAUUCUCCAGGAGCCUCACUUCCAGUCCCUCCUGGAGACUCAUGACUCAGUGGCCUCAAAGACCUAUGAGACACCACCCCCCAGCCCAGGUCUAGAUCCCACCUUCAGCAACCAGCCGGUGCCUCCUGAUGCAGUGCGCAUGGUGGGCAUCCGCAAGACAGCUGGAGAACAUCUGGGCGUGACAUUCAGAGUGGAGGGCGGCGAGUUGGUGAUUGCUCGAAUUCUGCACGGAGGCAUGGUGGCUCAGCAAGGCCUGCUGCACGUGGGUGAUAUCAUCAAAGAAGUGAAUGGGCAGCCGGUGGGCAGCGAUCCCCGGGCAUUGCAGGAGCUCCUGCGCAGCGCCAGUGGCAGCGUCAUCCUCAAGAUCCUGCCCAGCUACCAGGAACCCCACCUGCCCCGACAGGUAUUUGUUAAAUGCCACUUCGAUUAUGACCCUGCCCGAGACAGUCUCAUCCCCUGCAAGGAAGCAGGCCUGCGCUUCAACGCUGGGGACUUGCUCCAGAUUGUAAACCAAGAUGACGCCAAUUGGUGGCAGGCAUGCCACGUAGAAGGGGGCAGUGCUGGUCUCAUCCCCAGCCAGUUGCUGGAGGAGAAGCGGAAAGCAUUUGUCAAGCGGGACCUGGAACUGACCCCGACCUCAGGGACCCUGUGUGGCAGCCUUUCAGGAAAGAAAAAGAAGCGAAUGAUGUAUUUGACUACCAAGAAUGCAGAGUUUGACCGCCACGAGCUACUCAUUUAUGAGGAGGUGGCCCGCAUGCCCCCAUUCCGCCGGAAAACCCUGGUGCUGAUUGGCGCGCAGGGUGUGGGCCGGCGCAGCCUGAAAAACAAGCUCAUUCUGUGGGAUCCAGACCGCUACGGCACCACAGUGCCCUACACAUCCCGGAGGCCCAAGGACUCAGAGAGGGAAGGGCAGGGCUACAGCUUUGUGUCUCGUGGGGAGAUGGAGGCCGACAUCCGUGCUGGGCGCUACCUGGAGCAUGGCGAGUAUGAGGGCAACCUGUACGGCACACGUAUCGACUCUAUCCGGGGCGUGGUUGCGUCCGGCAAGGUGUGCGUGCUGGAUGUCAACCCCCAGGCGGUGAAGGUCCUGAGGACAGCUGAGUUUGUCCCUUAUGUGGUAUUCAUUGAGGCCCCUGACUUUGAGACCCUGCGAGCCAUGAACCGGGCUGCCCUGGAGAGUGGGGUGUCCACCAAACAGCUGACGGAGGCAGAUCUGAGGCGGACAGUGGAAGAGAGCAGCCGAAUCCAGAGAGGAUAUGGGCACUACUUCGACCUCAGCCUGGUUAACAGCAACCUUGAGAGAACCUUCCGUGAGCUCCAGGCUGCCAUGGAGAAGCUGCGAACAGAGCCCCAGUGGGUGCCUGUCAGCUGGGUGUACUGAGCCGUGUUCCCUGCCUGGUUGGGAAUCCAUAUUCCCCCAUCUGUGACACUCCCCUACCCUGAUAAUGAUCUUUACCCUCCAUCUCUGGUUUUCCUUGGAUCGCAGUUCCCAGCAGGCUUCAGGACAGAGGUGUGCACUGCCAGGGAGGUGGGUGUUCAUAGGGUACCUCUGUACCCAGGUGCUGCCCACUCCCGAUGUCCACUGGCCACCAGACAUCCCUCUGUAUGGACCAUGCUGUGUCCAGGAGCAUCUCAGAGUCACUUCUGUAAUGCUCAGACCAUGGGAGAGCAGAGCUACUGGGUGGGGUCUUGUGGUCAGGAGGUCUAGGACCCUGCCAGCCUUUUCUCCACUAGGCUGGCCACACCCACCCUGUUCCCUGGCCCCUCCCACCCCUUACUAUAGUCCUUGGAACAACCAUGGGCUGUUCUCCUGUGGCCAGGUACUAAGACACUAGUAGCUGGGCAUCCCUGGGCAGUAGUGUCAGUCUGGACCAUGUUAGAUACUGGGGAAGCCCCGGUGAGGGUCAGUUGUUGCAGCCGGUGACAGGUCUCAGCUCCUUGAGGAGCAACCAUAGCCUGGUCCCUUGCUUAUUCCUAGCUUCUCACUGCCAAAGUCUCUCCACGGAUUUUCUUAAUGUGUCCCUCUUUUCUAAGCCCUGCUCCUCAACAGUGUAACUGGCAGUGGCAGUAGGCUUAGCCCCCAGGUUUGGAAUAGGGCCCAGAGCACUGAGCCCUCCGUUGCUGGAACCAAAAGUACGCCAGGCUCCACAGCCCACACCAGGCUUUGUUCCCUUUGGGCUUUUCUCUAGAUAGAUCUAGGUGGCCCCCGGCAUUAGGGCUGACGUGAUGGGGCCUGAGGAGGGGUGGGGAGACUGUAAGUCCAGGCUUGGAGACAGAUAGAUUACCUUUAGCAACACUAGCCACACAACUCCAGGGGAUGCCAUUGGCACUCCAGGCGGGACAGUCUGUGCUUUGCCUACUGUGGUGCUGCUCCCUGUUUCUGGGCUCGGUGUUUGUGUGUUGUUCCUGCACCUGCAUGGGUUUGCUUGGUUUGAGGGGAGGCAGAGGAUUGCUGUCUCUUGAAGGUGGCUCUUUGAGGUACCUUUAUGGGUUCCCCCCAGCCCCCCCAUUUCUUACAGGCCCCUAUCCCAGACCCCAGAGCCUGGGCCUUCCUCUACUCUCCUGUGGUCUCCUGUCCUAAGUACCAGCCUUUAGUCCUUGGGUUAGGGUGAUUUUGUAAAAUAGGAUAACCCUUUUAAGAACUCUGUCCUUGACAUCUGGAGACAUCUCAUCCUUCAUCCUUCUUGAGGGGGCCCCCGUCCUCUGGGGGCCCCGCACCCCACCCUGUGCCCCCCUGUCCUCUAGGGGCCCCACACCCCACCCUGUGCCUCCCAAUUCUCUUGAGCGUCAGUUUUCGCUGCAGGGUCAGCCCAAGCUGACCCUGAACCACUGUGUGCCCAUUUCCUAGGGGAGGGGAGGGGAGGGAGGGAGAAGAAACAGAAUAUUUAUUACAAAUGCUAGAAAUAUAUUUAUUAUAUUAGAAACCGCAUUUGCAUUGCUGUUGUAUAUGCAAAUGAGACUAGAGGUGGGCCUGGCCGCUGCUCAUUUGCACAGCUCUGCAUACACCCUGUACAGUCAUCUUCCCGCCUUUUGUUUCCCUUCAGUCUCUGUCCUUUCCUUCAGUUCAGCUUCUUGCUGUGGCCCAGACCCGACUUAGCCCAAGGGGACUGGUAUUGGGAAAUAGAGCAUUUCCCUGCUUCCUUUCCUCCUCCCCUGGAGGACGAGUGUAGGGUCAGAGCUGCCCCUGAUCCCCCUUGAUUAAACCACAAAGCCCUCUGACCGAAAGGCCAUGGCCUAAUAGAGGUCUGGUGGGCACCACGCUGGAGAGUUGGGAGCAGUCUUUCCCUCUGGAUACCUACCCAGUAGACUAGCAAUCGUCACAUCUUCCCUAGCAACGUGCAAGGCGCAGGGCUGGGCCCCUCCUUUCUGAACAGCCUCCUACCUCUCCCACUGAGCCCGACUCUGUACCCCUCCCAAGUGCUGGCCAGGUGGGAAUAGAGGCCUUGAGUCUCCUCAGCUAACCUGGCACAGGGCUGAGUUAGAACGUGUUGGUACCCACCAAGCUGGCUCCCUGCCUCCCUCCCUCCCUCCCUCCCUCCCUCCCUCCCUCCCUCCCUCCCUCCCUCCCUCCCUCCCUCCCUCCCUCAGGAGAAGGAGGACCCUGCCCCUCACGGUCCACACUCAGCCCCAUUGCGCUUCCUUUGGCUCCCUCUGCCAGUCAUCUUAAUUCUUAAGUUUUUUUUUUUCCCUUUGAUUAAAUGUGAAAGCAAA